CCACACCAGAAAGAAACAAUUGAGAUCUGCCACUUGGCAAAGUGUGUAACUGGAAAGCACAGGAGGAGUUGGCAGAACCGGUGGUGGUUUCCUGGGACGAGAGGGGUCAGGGUGUUAAUCUUGCACGCCUGAAAUAGAGCGGAAGCCCCUCGCAAAGGUAUUCAGUGAAGAUAUCCAUGGAUUAAUGAAGCGAAUCUUUUAAAAGUUCAGGCGCUCGUUCAGCCAUGACGGAAUUUGGGCCACUUUGUACAGAGAGUUACGGCUCCCGCAGAGCUCGGUGUUACCACCCCUUGCCUGAUGGGCACUUGAGAUGCCUCCCAGACAGACCUGAAGCUCAGACAUACCGGUCAAUACGGGAGGUUUUCAUGUCAGUGUUUCUACCUCAGGGUUAUCCUGAAAGCGUAAGCGGGGAUUACCUGGCCUACCAGAUCUGGGACACGGUACAGGCCUUUGCCAGCAGCAUCACAGGGACCCUGGCCACGCAGGCUGUGCUGAAAGGGGUGGGAGUCGGGGAUGAGUCCUCAACCGUUGCCGCCGCCACAGUCACUUGGAUACUGAAAGAUGGAACAGGAAUGCUGGGGCGAAUUCUUUUUGCCUGGAGCAAGGGGAACAAACUGGACUGUGAUGCCAAGCAAUGGAGGCUCUUUGCAGACGUACUCAAUGAUGUCGCCAUCUUAAUGGAGAUCCUGGCACCGGCCUUCCCAGCAUUCUUCACUCUCAUUGUUUGCACCAGUGGUUUUUUCAAGUGCAUUGUGGGAGUUGCCGGAGGGGCCACUCGGGCAGCCCUUACCAUGCACCAGGCCCGGCGGGACAACAUGGCGGAUGUGUCCGCCAAGGAUGGAAGCCAGGAGACGCUGGUGAAUUUAGCCGGCCUUCUCUGCAGUCUGUUCCUCAUCCCUCUUGUGGCUGACAACCUCCCCCUUACUUACACCCUGUAUGGUCUCUUCACCAUCUUGCACCUCUAUUCCAACUAUCGGGCCGUGAGGGCUGUCUGCAUGGAGACCCUCAACCAGGCCCGGCUGCGCCUGGUUUUGCGCCAUUUCUUGCGAUGGGGGAAGGUGCCAAGCCCCGCGCUCGUCAACCCUGAGGAGCCCCUGUUGCUAGGCAAUCAUCGACAACUGAGGCUGAUCUUGGGAGCUCCCCUUCACACAGUGGUCUCCAGCACAGCUGACUUCCAGAAAGCUCUUGAGGGAAACUCUUCAAACUACUUACUCUUCUUCAACCAAGCAGCAGGGACAGUCUCUGUGAUGCUGCACCAACAGGCAGGCAGCGUGGAUGUCAUUAAAGCCUGCAGCCAUGCUCUUGUCUUGGAGGCUCUGCUGUACCAGGAUGUAGCAGGGUCCUCGGUGGAAAGAGAGUCUCUCCUGGAUCUGCAGCGAAGGCUACGGGAAGAGCCUUCUAGAAAGGACUGGACCACAGUUGCCGAACUGCAUCAACUAUGGGACAGCAUAUUCCCCAUAUUCUUGAUAGGGCUGAUGUCAGCAGGGUGGGUUACUGACCGGAACCUUCUGGGCCCUGAGGAGUGGCGUGUGGAUUGGACCAUGAACGGGAAGAAGAAUCUUUGACUUCGGGAGACUAUUAGCGUUGAUACCAAGAAUGUUUGUGUGCUGAAACCAUGAAAGGAAUCAGUCCCUGUAGCCUUCUUGAUGCCAGUAACUGUAAUGCCAGAAUGCAGGAGAGGAGGAGGGGGCAGUAUUUCACCUGUCCCUCUGCAAAUACUUAUUUUUUUUUUUGCUUUUGAUGGGACCACUGAAAUAAAGCUUUGUACAGAUGUUUAAAA